AUCUUUUCCCGUAUUUUGUCGGUGUAAAGACAACUUUUAAAUAACCGAAUGAUUAAGUGAUCUGUUAUUCUUUUCUAUUUUCUUUAAUCAAUUUUGAGAAGAAAGAAAAACUGAUAAGCCCUUGAUUUUUUUCAUCGCGUAUAUUUUUGUUGUUGUUAUAUGCAAGUUUACGUUUGUUUAUCGGAUCGGUUAUCAUUAAUAACUUAUUGUCAUUAGUCAACAAUAAAAUAAAAUUAAAGUAUUUGUUAGCAAUGUUGUUUAUCAAACACGGUCUUUACCAAGCAAUUUCGAGACCUUAAGCGAAUCCUAAAAAUGCCUGUUACAGAGAAUGCGGAUCAAUAUUCAGUAUGGGUGGGAUUAAUUUAUAUAUUUAAUCUGAUUGUUGGUACUGGAGCACUGACAUUGCCAGCAGCUUUUGCGAGGGCAGGAUGGGGCCUCAGCACAAUUUCACUGGUUUUCCUUGCAUUUAUGAGCUUCAUGAAUGCCACAUAUGUCAUAGAGACAAUGGCAUGUGCCAAUGCCGUUUACAAAUGGAAGAGACUUCAAGCCAUAAAGAGAGAUAGUAUCCAAGACCAUGAUUCUGAUGAUGACGCUACAACAUCCCAGCAGAACUAUGGUGACCUAGAAGAGCCCUUAGUAUGCGGGGAGUCCAUACCAUCUCGGUACUACAGUCUGGACCGCCGCGUCGAACUUGGCGAGAUGGCGGACUUGUUUCUCAACAAAAUAGGCCGUACUAUGUUUUACUGCACUCUAUGUAUAUAUCUAUAUGGCGAUUUGUCUAUUUAUGCUGCAGCCGUCGCCAAAUCUGUUAUGGAUGUUGUGUGUUCACCCAUAUCACCGAACGCAACUGACUCAAAUUGGGACCAGAUGUCCUGUUUCAACAACUCGGCCGCCGGUACUGACCCCGGGGCCUAUACCCGGCUGCAGUGCUAUCGAGCCGCUCUACUCACGUUUGCUGGAAUUAUGGGACCCUUCGUUUUCUGCAAUGUUCAGAAGACUAAGUACCUACAGUUGUUCACAUCCGGAAUGAGGUGGUUGGCUUUCGCCAUAAUGAUAUCAUUGGCGAUACAUCUGCUAAUAGGGGUCGAGCCGCACGCGCAGCCACCGGCGUUCGACUUCACAGGGCUGCCGACGCUGUUCGGCGCAUGCGUCUACUCCUUCAUGUGCCAUCAUUCACUGCCGGCGCUCAUCAGCCCCAUCAGACGUAAGAACCACUUGGGACUCCAUCUCUCUCUGGAUUACGGCCUGAUAAGCGUAUUCUAUCUCGUUCUAGCCUUCACUGGGGCGUUCGCGUUCAAACACUUAAAUGAUCUGUACACAUUGAACUUUGUGCCAAGCGACAACGAAAACAUAUUUCUGAGGAUCAUAGAAUAUUUUCUUACUCUAUUCCCCGUGUUCACGCUCUCGACUAGUUUUCCAAUUAUAGCUAUAACAUUAAGGAACAAUUUGCAGAGUCUCUUCUUAGACACCACUCGGCUGGAGUCGUACAAUUUUAUAUUGAGGAAGUUGUUGUUUCCAGUCGUAACUGUGGUCCCGCCGUUGUUGCUAACAUAUUACUUGGAGGAUAUAAGUAAGCUUAUAGAAUUUACCGGCUCGUACGCCGGCACUGGCAUACAGUAUCUGAUACCGACGUUCCUAGUAGUGUUUGCUAGGAGACAUUGCGCGAAUCUGCUAGGUUUAGGCGUUGUCAACAUAUACAAGAGUCCGUUCUCUAAUAUUGCCUGGGCAAUAUUCGUUUUGUUAUGGUCCUGCAUGUGCAUAAUUUUGGUGUCCGUACACAUGAUUGAAAAGAUAUCAUGACGAUAAUUCGAUUUGGUUCUUUUUUUUUUUGAUCAAUUUCUGUGAUGCCAAAUUUUACUGCCAUUAAUUAUAGUAUUUGUUUAUCUGUUAUUGUAUAUAGAGCUGGGAAUAUACAGCAAUACCUAUAUAUUGUGAUUACAAUAUAUAUAUUGCUCAAAUAACGGAUAUAUUAAAUAGCAGUUAUCCAAUAUAUAAUAUCGAAAUGAGGCUCCCGGUCGAAUUGAACAUAGAUAUCUGACUGAUACGGGCGAUGUCGAAAUGGAUGAUGACCCAUUUUCCGCCGUGAAUAUCCAAUAUUGGAGUGGUAUCGAUAUUACUCAUGCCUAGUUGUAUAUACCAUACCAUAUCAUCCGUUAAUUGUUCAAUGCUGAACGUAGGGCAAAUACCUUGGAAGGGUUUUUCCAGUUGGCAGCCAGGUUGGCAACCGCAGUUAGGCCUUGGUGAUGUUUUAAGAUGCUGUUGCCUAUCCCUCGACCGUUAAGUUUCCUUAGUCGCCUCUUACGACAUCCACGGGAAAGGAUGGGUUGGCCUAUUCUGUACCGGGACCACAUGGCAAUAUUAUUGUACAUUAUCAAUUAAUUGAUGUAUUCUUAGCAUAUUUCUAACAUUGAAUGUCUUGCCACAAUCAAAUGUUAAUUUAAAACGCCAAAUUGCGUAAAUUUUUUUAAUUUUUGUUAUAUUUUCUAUAUUUUAUUUUAUUAUUU